AUGCCUCUCCCUCUUGUGGUAACCAUUCCCGCAAUCGCGGCUUCCAUAGCCUACCUGAGCGUCCGCGCCUCAGUAUGGUACGACCUCUUGCUCCUGCGCUGCGUCACCUUCGGCGCAUCACGCAUGUACUACCGCGAAUGGACCGACCGUCUGAACCUCUACUACCUUCUCGAAAACAUUGCCACGAACAAAUCCACGGCUGAUCGCGCGCUGCUCAUUUUCGAAGGCAAGCGCCACUCGUACAAAGAUGUUUACGAACAGGUCCUGAAGUACGGACAGUGGCUCAAGAAAGAAGGUGUCAAGAAAGGCGAUAUCGUAGCGUUGGACUUUCAAAAUUCGGAUACAUACAUUUUUCUCUGGUUGGGACUCUGGAGCAUUGGUGCGAAGCCAGCUUUUUUGAACUAUAACCUCUCUGGUGCAUCACUGGUGCAUUGCAUAAAGGCUGCUACAACAAAGCUAUGCAUCGUGGAUCCCAAUGUUGAAGAGAAUGUCGGAAAGGAUGUUCGCGAUGAGUUGAAGGAUAUCCGCUUCGUCGUCUAUACUCCUGAGGUUGAGGCGCAAGUCGCUUCCAUGGACGCUGUCCGCGUACCAGACUCCGAGCGAUCCGAAAAGAGCCUUUCGGCAAUGGCAAUUCUCAUCUACACCUCUGGAACUACUGGUAUGCCCAAGGCAGCUAUCGUAUCAUGGGGAAAAUUGAUCGUUGCUGGUUCAAUGGCCGAACAACUCCUCGACCGUUCCAAAGGCGACAUCAUGUACUCCUCAAUGCCUCUUUAUCACUCUUCUGCGACAAUCUUCUCUUUCAGUGCGACACUUCUCUCAGGAAGCACCCAGGCCCUCGGUCGCAAGUUCUCCGCAAGAAACUUUUGGAACGAAGUCCGCGCUUCAGGCGCAACAUCCAUUCUAUACGUUGGCGAGACUCUUCGUUACCUGCUCUCUUCACCACCACAAUAUGACCCUGAAACUGGUGAAUGUCUUGACAAGAAGCACAACGUCAAAGUCGCUUUCGGCAAUGGUCUGCGACCGGAUAUCUGGAACGAAUUCAAGGACCGGUUCGGUAUCGAAGGAAUCUGUGAAUUCUACGCUGCUACAGAAGGAACUUUUGCGACUUUCAACCUGAGCAAAAACGAUUUCGCUGCGGGUGCCAUUGGCCGAAACGGCUGGAUUUACAAUCUCAUCUUGAGUCAAUCCGUCGCUCUCGUGGAAGUAGACUGGGAUACCGAUCUUCCAAAGCGCAACCCCAGCACAGGAAGAUGCUACAAAGCGCGCACCGGCGAACCAGGCGAGAUGCUUUUCCGCCUGCCCUCCGGCAACCCCUUCCAGCGAUUCCAGGGAUACUACGGCAACCGCGCUGCCACUGAAGCAAAGGUUCUUCGUGGCGUGUUCAGCAAGGGUGACGUUUGGUUCCGAACAGGCGAUGUCUUGCGAUGGGACGGUGAAGGUCGCGUCUACUUCCACGAUCGCAUUGGUGACACCUUCCGCUGGAAGGGUGAAAAUGUCUCUACGGCUGAAGUGAGCGAGGCCAUGUGUAAGCACGCCAGCGUCAAAGAAGCGAAUGUUUAUGGUGUAAGCCUGCCUCAUCACGAUGGACGAGCGGGAUGUGCAUCGGUCCAUCUCGCCUCCGAUCCCACGCCCAAGAUCAUGCAGGACAUAGCGACGCAUGUGCACACAGAGUUGCCCAAGUAUGCGAGACCUUUAUUCCUGCGAAUCGCGACUGAGUUGGGUGGCGGACAAAUCACUGGAACCAUGAAGCAGCAGAAGCACGCUUUGCGAGAAGCAGGCGUCGAUCCUGCUGAGAAGAGUUUUGGUGACGUAUAUUGGCUCAAGGGGGGCAGUUAUGUCCCGUUUACGGAGAAAGACUGGAAUGAGAUGAACGGCGGCAAGGUAAAGUUGUAG